CGCUAUCAUUUGGCUGAUUUAUAUUUGGCAUAUUUAUUUUCAAAACGUUAAUUAAAAUGUUCUCACACAACUACAACAGUUUAAAACAACUAAAACAUGCUUUGCAAAUUACUUUCGUUUUGUGAGAAAUGACAGAAGUUUCGUUUUGGCUGAAAGCAGCAGCAGCAGCAUCUCUCCCGUUAACUUUCACGUUCGGUUUGCAUUGAAGAAACGCGCCGCGUGCGUUCAUCAGAUGUGGAGAUGUUGUGUUAUUGGGGAGCGCAGGUCCGAGAGGGCUUCGGUCUGAUACAAGAAGACAAAGUCAAACAUUUGAACGAUGCUGUACGAUGCGUGUGUCUAAAGUCAGAAAUCCAGGACAUGUCAGCAGGAAGAUGCUUUGUUGGAUUUAUCAGGAAUGGGAAAGCUUCGGUCCUGGAACUGCGAAGAGAAUCCAAUGCUCACAUUGGCAAACUGAAACAACUAGAGCUAGAGAAUGAAGAAAUCACAUCUAUUGUCUGCGGAGGGGGUGGUGCGGUCCUGCUUUCUCGUGGAGGGAAGGUUAUUAUCAUGGAUAAAUCCACAGUGUGCAGUCCUCUCAAAAACCUGGCCAACAUGCACGUGAUUCAGAUCUCAUGUGGAGACCAGCAUUCAAUGGCACUGACCCAGGAUGGUCGUGUGUAUGUAUGGGGUGAAAACGCUCAUGGUCAGCUGGGUCUAAAUGAAGGAUCUGGAUGUUUGACUCCUCAACACAUGACGUUUCUGGAUGGGGUUCCUCUGGCUCAGAUCAGCGCUGGUGGAGAUCACAGUUUUGUGUUGUCUCUCUCUGGAGUCGUGUUUGGAUGGGGGAAAAACUCUUCUGGACAGCUGGGACUGGGAGACACUACAGACAGACGCGUGCCCACAGUCAUAAAGAGCCUGAAUGGGAAGAAAACUCAGUUUAUCUCAUGUGGAGGAGAGCACACUGCAACUUUGUCAAAGGGAGGUACUGUGUUCACAUUUGGAUCAGGAAAGUUUGGUCAACUUGGGCACAACUCAUUUAAAGAUGAACAUCUUCCACGAGUGGUUGCUGAACUGUGGGCCUCUAAAGUGUCACAGGUCACAUGUGGGAGGCAUCACACGCUCGUGUUAGUCGCAUCAUCACAGCUGAUCUACUCAUUUGGAUGUGGGACGCAGGGGGAGCUGGGAAAUGGACAAUUGAUCAACCAGUCUGUGCCAUCACUUGUAGACCUGACAACUGAAUUGAAUGAUGAAUAUGGAAUGGGAAAACUCUUUGCCGGGGAGAAUCAUUCAUUUGCACUGUUUGUCAAGGAACUUGAAACUUCAUCAGGAAAUCCUGAGCCCAAUCCAAACAGGAAGAUUUUGACGUUAGACGACACAUUGAUUGACCAUUGGGUGUCUAAAAGUGAUUCAAAGUCAUGGAUGACAACUGAAAAUCAAAUAAACAAAGUGUUCUCAUCUGCUGCCUCUUUGAAUGGAAGUUUUCUCAAAAGAAGUUGUGACGAACAUUAUAGGACAUCUGUGGAGCUCUGUGGUUUAGAUUUUCACCUGGUAAAAAAAUCGUUUGCAAAAAUAUCAGGGAACAAAAGAGUGAUGUCAAAGGUUAUGAAGAUGGUUCGGGUUGCGCUGUUGCCCUCUCUUAACUCCAGUCCAUCAAGUGUUGAAGCUCUAAGAGUUUAUCUUCUCCUCCCUGAAGUCAUUGCCAUUUGCCAGGACGAACAACAGGCCGAACUCCUUCAAAUGCUCGCCUCCAAAAUUCUUCAGCUGAAACCUGAUGCUCUUAAAGUGUUGGAAAAUUACUGGUCCAAACUGCCUGCCGAAUGUCUCAAAGGCUUGGUGAAGUUAUUUCAAUGUAAAUCUGCUGAGGUGAUUGGUGAGAUUUCUUCCGGUGAAAUCGACCAGGAUGAACUGAAACGGCUGCAGAAAUUUCUGCAGGUCCUUCAGAUGCUCUAUAAGGUCUGCUGCAGUGCCCAAAAUGACACCCUAAACAGAGAUUUCAUCAUUCCUGAGAUCAGUGAUGUCCUAGAUACAAUGCAACUCAUCCAUCAGACUAUUGGGUUCUGUCGCUUUGGUUUUGGCUUUGUUCUUGAAGAAUUACUGGAUCAGGAAGACCACUAUCUUAGACCUAUUGAAACAUUGUCCCUUUUCCCUUGUGUGGCUGACAUUGUAUCCAAACAGAGGAUCUUUACUUUUUUACAGAACCACAUGAAGAGAUCUUUAGACCCACUCUUUUCUUUCCCUUGCAACAAUCUGCACGUAAACAGGGACACAGUGUUGAAAGACACACUUCGGUAUCUUAGACAAGGCAGAUACUUAUUUCACCAAUCACUGGAGGUGACGUUUGCAGGUGAGAACGGGAUAGAUGCAGGUGGGCUUUCUGCUGAGUUUUUCUCCUUGGUUUCCGAUGGUUUUCUCAAAUGGGAGAAAAAGCUUCUGGACGUCUUUGAAAGUUCACUAGUGUGGUUUAAUUCUAAACACACACACCAUGAAGAUUUUCACUCUCUUGGAGUUAUUUAUGGAAUAGCGCUCUUCAACCAUCGAUACAUGAACAUAAAUUUCCCACUAGCGUUGUUCAAGAAACUACUCGACCAGAGUGUCACUCUGAACGAUCUGGAAGAGAUAUCUCCUACAGAGGCCAGAAGUUUGAAGGAUCUUCUCGAGGAGGACGAGGAAGUUGUGGAGAUACAAUUCUUGGAUUUCACGGUCAAAGGGCAAGAGCUCCUUCCCAAUGGAGCUCAAAUUCCAGUAACCAAAAUUAAUCGACAGAAGUAUGUGGAUUUGUAUGUGGACUUCAUGUUGAACAAAUCAGUGAAGAAUCAGUUUGAGAAGUUUGCAGAAGGUUUUUCUAAAGGCUGUCCGGUCAGUGCCUGGAGAAUAUUUCACCCUGAAGAACUCCGACUACUUCUUCAUGGUUCUCCUGUAUACGAGUGGGAAGACCUUCUCAAGUGUGCUACCUACACAAACUGUUCUCCUUCUGAUGAGCUGAUCAAGAAUUUUUGGACCGUUUUCUUUGAGCUCUCUGAAGAAGACAAGAGGAAAUUUCUGGUGUUCAUGUAUGGAACGGACCGUGUACCUGCUGGAGGUCUUUCAAAGUUGACUCUGAAGAUUGUGCUGUUAAACGUUCCUGAUUCAGAUGAUCGUCUCCCAGAAGCCAAGACUUGUUUUGGCACAUUACAUCUUCCCAAAUACAGCAAUAUCGACAUACUUCGUAACCAGCUAAUACAUGCUGUCAGCUUUUGUAAGGUUUUUGGACGGGCGUGGUUUCAUUCAUCAGAUGUGAAGAUGUUGUGUUAUUGGGGAGCGCAGGUCCGAGAGGGCUUCGGUCUGAUACAAGAAGACAAAGUUAAACAUGUGAACGAUGCUGUAAGAUGCGUGUGUCUAAAGUCAGAAAUCCAGGACAUGUCAGCAGGAAGAUGUUUUGUUGGAUUUAUCCGGGAUGGGAACGCUUCGGUCCUGAAAUUUCGUGAUGAACCCAAUGGUCAUGAUGGCAAACUGAAAACGCUAACUUUGAAGAACGACAAAAUCAGAUCAAUGGUCUGUGGUGGAUCUGGUGCAGUUCUUCUCGGUCAAGAGGGAAAAGUUUUCGUUAUUAACAAAUCUACUUUGUGCAUUCCUCUCAAAGACCUGACCAACAGACAUGUGAUUCAGAUCUCAUGUGGAGACCAGCAUUCAAUGGCACUGACCCAGGAUGGUCGUGUGUAUGUAUGGGGUGAAAACUCUCAUGGUCAGCUGGGUCUGAAUGAAGGAUCUGGAUGUUUGACUCCUCAACACAUGACGUUUCUGGAUGGGGUUCCUCUGGCUCAGAUCAGCGCUGGUGGAGAUCACAGUUUUGUGUUGUCUCUCUCUGGAGUCGUGUUUGGAUGGGGGAAAAACUCUUCUGGACAGCUGGGACUGGGAGACACUACAGACAGACAUGUGCCUACACUUGUAAAAAGCCUGAAUGGGAAAAAAACUCAGUUUAUCUCAUGUGGAGGAGAGCACACUGCAACUUUAUCAAAGGGAGGAACUGUGUUCACAUUUGGAUCAGGAAAGUUUGGUCAACUUGGGCACAACUCAUUUAAAGAUGAACAUCUUCCACGAGUGGUUGCAGAACUGUGGGCCUCUAAAGUGUCACAGGUCACAUGUGGGAGGCAUCACACGCUCGUGUUAGUCGCAUCAUCACAGCUGAUUUACUCAUUUGGAUGUGGGACGCAGGGGGAGCUGGGAAAUGGACAAAUGAUCAACCAGUCUGUGCCAUCACCUGUACACCUGACAACUGAUUCAUAUGAUGAAUAUGUACUUAAAAAAGUCAUUGCUGGGGAGCACCAUUCCUUUGCACUGUUUUCCAAGGUAUCUGAGAAUGAGUCAACAAAUCCUAAACCCAACCAAAGCAGACAAAUUACGACUUUAAAUGAGAGAAUGAUCGACCAGUGGGUGUCUGAUUCAUGGAAAGUAGUUAAAAAUAAAAUAAAAAAAAUGUUUUCAUCUGCUGCCUCUUUGAAUGGAAGUUUUCUCAAGACGAGUUGUGAUGAGCAUUAUCAGACUUCUGAGGAGUUCUGCGGUUUGGACUUUGACCUGGUCAAGAAAUCCUUUGCAAAAUUAUCAAAUAGUGAAGGGAUGAUGUCAAAGGUUGUAAAUACGGUUCAGGUUGAGCUAUUUCCUUCUCUUAACUCCAGUCCAUCAAGUGUUGAAGCUCUGAGAGUUUAUCUUCUCCUCCCUGAACUCAUUGCCGUUUGCCAGGAUGAACAGAGGACUAAACUCCUUCAAGUGUUCGCCUCCGCAAUUCUUCAGCUGAAACCUGACGCACUUAAAGUGUUAGAAAAUUACUGGUCCAAACUCCCUGGUGAUUGUCUCAAAAACUUGGUGAAGUUAUUUCGUAAAGAAUCUGUCAAGCUGAUUGGCAGGAUUGGCAUUGACAAAAUCAACUGGGACGUACCGAGUCAUCUGGAGAAGCUUGUGAAGAUCCUACAGAUGGUCUAUAAGGCCUGCUGCAGUGCGCAGAAUAAGAUUACAAGGAGUGAUUUUAUCAUUCAGGAAGUUAAUGAUCUGCUUGAUAUGCUGCAAACUACCAGUGAGGAUCUUAAUAAUAACUGGUGGCUGCAUAACUUCAAUGGAAACGUUGUUGCGUUGAAUGAGCUCAAAAUGUACUAUGUUGAAAUUGUAAACAAGCUAAAAGUAUCUCCAUGCAUCUUUAACCUUGAAGCCAAAUGCAGGCUUUGGAAAAACAGAUUAUUCACGGUGAGUGAGAGUCUUGAAUUGCAGGUGACUUUCACCUUGACCUUAAGGCGCACAGCUCUUUUGGACGAUUGCUUCAAUCAGUUGAAAAUAGCCACUGAUCAACAACUCAAAGGAUGGCUGUCGGUCUAUUACGCUGAGGAUCUUACAUAUAAAUCAGAAGUCAACAAGAGAGACUUUUUCAUUAACGUGUUUAAGGAGUUGCGUGAACCAGAUUCACAGUUUUUCAUUUACAAUGACGACAAAACUAUGAUGUGGUUCCCGACAAAGCCAAGCGUCCAGAAGGAGAAGUACUUCCUGUUUGGGAUUUUGUGCGGCUUGGCCUUAAACAACAGUUGUGUUGUGCACCUGCCGUUUCCUUUAGCCUUGUUCAAGAAACUUUUCAAUGUCAAACCAUCUCUUGAAGACCUAACGGAGUUUGACCCAGUUCUUGGCAGGAGUUUGGAGUAUGCUCUCGACUACAGCGAUAAUGUUAAAGAAAUGAAAAUGCACUACACGAUCCAGUGGGAUAAAACUGUAGUGGAACUGGAUCCGACUAAUCCAGGAAAACCUGUCACAAAUUACAACAGAACAGACUUUGUGGACAAGUAUGUGGAUUAUGUUUUCAAUAAAUCCGUGGAGGAGACAUUCGAGGAGUUUAGGAGAGGCUUCUUCAAAGGGUGUGACAGAUCCUCGGUGGAGAUGUUGGAACCUAAGGAGCUGAGAGAGGUGCUGCUGGGAAAUGAAGACUAUGACUGGGAUCUACUCAAACAGAACGCCACGUAUGAAGGAUUGUUUUAUGCCCAGCAUACGACCAUCAUCUCAUUUUGGGAGGUGUUUGAAGAACUGACAUCAAACCAAAAGAAGGCCUUCCUGUUAUUCUUGACAGGAUUCGAGCGAGUUCCCAUUCUGGGUAUGAGUCAGGUGAAGAUGAGAGUGAGAGAUCUCUUCAACUCCACUCAGGAACAUCUACCGCAGGCCUUGACUUGCCACAGCCUGUUAGAGCUUCCUGUUUACCAAAGCAAAGCAACACUUAAGGAGAAACUCAUUGAAGCCCUUAACCACAGGAGGGGUUUCUGGGAGGAAUGAGAUUGAAGAACACCUUCUGAUCUCAGUAGGCUUUAUGCCCAGCUGCACUACUUCCUGAACUUCAGCCAGCUCCUUGUUUCCUGUCUGCCAUUAUUGGACAAACUGAUUAAUCCAGGUGUAUCUGAUUAUUGUUGUCGUGACUACUGAGGUCAGGCUUUUUUUGAAACCAAAGUGACUUACAAAUAAGGGAAUUUAACAUUUUGACUUAAAAGCCAACAGUAGACAAAGCUUUGUUUAUAAGUAUGAUGUUAUUAUAAAAAGUAAGGAAUAAUCAAGGGGCAUAUUGUCACCAAUGAUUUUUGUAAAAGCUGUUUUACUGUAAUUAACAGUAAUGAUUUUAUUGAGUAGAAUUAUUCUGAUAUUAGAAGGACAUUUUUUGUUCGAAUUUUACACUUUUAUUUCAGUAGAUAAUCUUUGGGUGUCAAGUUUUUUUAAUUUAUUUAAAUAUUAAGUUAUGUGAUGUGUUAAAUGUUUUAAUGUAAAUGUUAUUUUAAUAUUUAAAUCUGAAUAUGUAUUUAAUAUACUAAAAUGUUUGUCUUUCUCCAUGUUAUUUUAUGUUAUAUUUGAAAUAAAUCUUAAUAAAAAU